UACACCAACACUUUUAAGUAUUACAAAAUGCCUCCUCGCGGAUUUACCAACCCAGCUCCCAAGACCGAAAGUGCUCGGGAAGCAGUGAAAUCCUUUUACUGUGAACUUUGCAGCAAAGGCUAUGCACGGAUGAACGAAUACGAAGCCCAUCUCUCAUCCUACGAUCACUCCCACAAGCAACGCCUUAAAGACAUGCGCCAACUGACCCGCGACCCUCUUGCCUCAACAAAAGCCAGGAAAGCUGAAGCAAAGGCGAACUCGCAGUCGGGACUUAUAUCUAUCAAGCUAGGUGGAGAUUCUGGUAGUAGUGGAAGCGCAGGUGGGAUUAAGAAGGCAGGAUUCAAGAAGUCGGGGUUCAAGAGUGCUUUUGCACCUGCGGAUGGAGAACCAGUGAAGGAAGAAAUCAAGAGUGAGGGAGGUUUCAAGACUGUGGCACCUGGAGCGAAGGUCCUUACCGAGCCAGCGGAAGGCGAGAGUGAUACUGAGGACGAAGGCUAUGAGAUGUAUGAUCCUCGACAUCCUACGGAUUGAGCGUUCGAGAAGCUUUGAUAUGAAAACCGCCCAGAAAAUUCUUCGACACUAUGCCCACAUAUUAGGCUCCUAAGAAAUCAAGUCACAUCUCCAGCAUGUCACUAUAGUUCGGGAAACAAACGGAGCGGUCUGGCGCAUACCAUCAGGUCAUUCUACAUUC